GCCUCGCUCGGUUUCUGCCUCCCAGGUUAACGACAAUCCCAGGCGAUCCCCAGACCUCGGGGCGUGAGGAAGCUGGACCGAGGGUUCGACAGAAAUGAGAUUUGGUAUCAGGACACAGCUGCCCAGGAAGUCCACUAUUUCUAAGCUUUCAGGGAGUAAGAAUCACAAAUGUCGUCAAAUGGUGUGGUGUCUGAGAGAAGAUCUAGGAAUCCAGGCAGAGUUUGUGAUGAUGUUCCGGGAGACUCCUCCCAUCUAGAUGGUACACUGAGGACACUUGAGAGUCUUAGAGAGAGUGAAUUAGCUGUGAGCGCAGAUCCUUUGCCGCCCCCGCCUCUCCCCUUACAGCCACCAUUUGGCCCGGACUUUAAUUCGAAUGACCCAGAAGAGCCAGUUCUAGCUCCAGAUAUCAAACCUGUGAGGAGGUUCGUUCCAGACUCUUGGAAAAACUUCUUCAAAGGGAAAAGGAAUGACCCAGAAUGGGACAGGCCUGCGUCUGACAUUAGGUAUAUUUCUGAUGGUGUUGAGUGUUCUCCACCAGCCUCACCAGGAAGAUCAAAUUAUCCCAGUGACCCUAAAGAUCCAUACAGAGAGUCCAGUGGAACUUACAGUUCACGGAAGGAAACUGAAGCAUUUCUCCCCCAGGAUUCAUGUGGAUCCCUGGGACGACACACGCAAACAGCCCUGACUUACAGCGAGAAGGUGGAAGAGUACAACCAGAGAUACUCCUACAUGAAGUCAUGGGCAGGACUACUGAGAAUCCUUGGUGUUGUGGAGCUGCUUUUAGGGGCAGGUGUCUUUGCCUGUGUCACAGCCUAUAUACAUAAAGACAAUGAAUGGUAUAACCUGUUUGGAUACUCACAGCCCUAUGGUAUGGGCACCGGUAGCCUGGGCAGCAUGUAUGGAGGCUACUAUUACAGUGGCCCCAAAACCCCUUUUAUACUUGUGGUUGCUGGGCUAGCUUGGAUUACAACCAUCAUCGUUCUGGUUCUUGGCAUGUCCAUGUAUUAUCGGACCAUCCUUUUGGACUCUAGUUGGUGGCCUUUAACUGAGUUUGGAAUUAACAUCGCCCUCUUCAUUUUGUAUAUGUCUGCUGCCAUAGUCUAUGUCAAUGAUACCAACCGGGGUGGACUCUGCUAUUACCCUUUAUUCAAUACACCAAUAAAUGCAACGUUUUGCCGAGUAGAAGGAGGACAGAUAGCAGCAAUGAUAUUUUUGUUCGUUACCAUGAUUGUUUAUCUCAUUAGUGCUAUAGUUUGCCUAAAGUUAUGGAGGCAUGAGGCAGCAAGGAGGCACAGAGAGUAUAUGGAGCAGCAGAGGAUAAGUGAGCCCUGUCUUGCAUCAAAAAGAACAACGCAUGAAAUGCCCAGCAGUGAUGAGAGACAAAGAUACUCAGAAGAUGAUUUCAAAGAGUUGAGAGCAACAAAAAUAAAGCCUGAGCUGCUUAGUGGACACAUCCCAUCUGGACACAUUCCUAAACCCAUAGUGAUGCCAGAUUACGUAGCAAAGUACCCUGUGAUUCAGUCAGAUGAUGAACGAGAACGCUAUAAAGCUGUGUUCAAAGACCAGUUUUCGGAAUAUAAAGAACUGUCUGCUGAAGUCCAAGCAGUCCUCAGAAAAUUUGAUGAGUUGGAUGCAGUGAUGAGCAAAUUGCCCCAUCACUCAGAAAAUAGACAGGAACAUGAAAGAAUUUCAAAAAUUCUUCAAGAAUUCAGGAAGAAAAAGAAUGAUCCUACAUUUUUGGAAAAAAAGGAACGUUGUGAAUACCUGAAGAGUAAGCUUUCUCACAUAAAACAAAGAAUUCAGGAAUAUGAUAAAGUUAUGAAUUGGGAUAUACAAGGUUUUUCCUAAACCUUAUCAGAAAACUAUUUUUGUAUGGAAAUGUGUUUAAUAUUUAUUUACUGCCAUGUCUUUACCAAUUUCAUGAUAUAUCUAAAAUUGGUUGCUAUUGGGAACUAGCUUUUGACCAUUUUAAUCUGUAUGAGUGCUAAAAGGUUUGUUUCCAUUCAGAUACCUCUAAUUUCAAAUUCAGUAUGUGCCUUUAUUUAGAAUUAAUUCAUUUCUGAAAAAAAUUAUGCCUAUUUCUCUUUAGAAAGUACCCUCAGGGAAAGUGAUAUAGGAAUAAUGUCUCUUAAUAGGGGAAACCACUAGGAUAUUCUUAGUAGUAUUUGCAUUGUCACACUGCUAUCCAUUGGGUUUUCCAUUUCCUAAAAAGAUGAAUUUCUUUUCCUAACCAAAGUUGUCAUCUGCUUCCAUGAAUGGAAGAAAUACAAGGCAUCCUUGUUACAGAGUUCCUUAAUCAGCAAGCCUAAAUAGCCAACCAGAAAGCUCUGAUACUGUGAAUUCGCAUUUUAUGCUCUUAGGCCUUAACUUUCAAGAACAAGAAAAUAUGAAAUAUCGAGCAGAGAAAAAAACAACCUUUAACCUACUCUGGGGUGAUGCCAACAAAGGGCCCAAGACCCUGUGGUCAUUGGGGCCAUGCAGAGGAUCCCUCACGUCUGUCCUUCAGCUAGCUAGGUCCUCCCUUUCUAGCCUGACUUUACGUAAGUCUCCUUCAUGCACUCCAGCCAAACUGGAUUAGCUGUUCUCCACACUCAGCUGUGCAUUCUAGAAAUCUAUACUUUCCCACAAGACAUUCCCCAGAACCCGGAAUGUGCUUCCUCCUCAUUUCUGUCCUGAGAAUCCUCAUGUUUAAUGGCUACUUUCGGACACCAGGCCUUUUACCCUCAAGCUCAAAGUGCUCUUUCCUUCCUCUGACAACUCCAAAGCAUUUUUUCUGACCCUUUCUUUUGCCCACAUCAUGUCCUACCUUUUCUUUAUCUGUAUACAUAUUGUAUUAUAUUUGUCUGUGUACAUGUUGCCUUCUCCCCAUCCUUUCACCCUAUUAGAGAAUAAUCUGAUGAGCAGGGUCUCUGUCUUUGCAUCCCCCCUGCCUGGGACAGUGCCUUGUCCAGAAUGGGUGCUUCCUAGAUGUGAAAAUCAUUGAAUAGGAAGAAUGGGUAGCACCUGGUCUUCACAAUUCAGACUGUCUUCUAUCCCUAGUGGCCCCAUGGGACUUUGGGUAUGAAUAUUUUACCCUCCCCUUCCUAUACCUCCAAUAGUCUAUGAUAUUCCAAGGUCCAUAUUUUCACCUUAAUCUGGAAUCUUCCAAGUAGUAAAGAUUCUUCUGAUUCCAUUCAGACAUAUGUGUGUGUGUACAUCAGAGUGAAAUGACUUGGAACAAGUGAAAUAAAUGCUUCAUUCAUGAGAACCUUAAUAUUCUUAGCAAAGGCACAAAAAUGAAUUGUGGGAGCUUUUGUAAUGUUAAAAUUAUUAUUUGAUCAAUAUCGAGCAAUAACUCUUGAGUCCAGUGUGACCCUUCCUGUCCCAUGCACUUGGCCAUCUGUGAGUAGCCCCUCGCACAGAGUAGGCAAUGAAAAAAAUACUAGUCAAAUUGAAUUUUUUUAUAAAGUUAGUUUAUCACUUAAGCUUAUACUUUGAAUGUUCAAGAUUACUGCUGGGAGAAAAAAAGCACAUAUAGAAAGUGUGUUAUUUGCCUUAAAGAGUUUCCUUUUUCAUUAUUAACAAAGUAAUCAUUAGUGUUUAUUUGUUGGUAUUCUGUUAAAAUGUAAACUGUUAGAUAAUAAAAUCAAGAACUAGAAAUAUUAACUGGAUAAAAAUUUGUAUUACAGUUGUAAAUAUUAACCUAUGAAAGUCUUUUAAUUUUGUAACUUUUUUUUACAUGUC